UAAAAAAGUUGCAAUAAUUUAAAGUUGUGUGAAGUUUAGAUUUUAUUUUUCAUAGAACAUAAUCCUGAAUAAGGGACACUGCAAUCACCACAGAGAGCAUAGGGAAACUAGUACCUCUUCUUCAGACCUUCAUAGCUGAUAGCUUCUUUUUUUGUACUAAAUGUUACUCACAUGGGACUGUAAGGAUGUAACAUUUUAUUUACAAAUUCGUCCCUCGCUGAAGCUGGUGUUUGUGAAAGUUUAACUAACUGACAAGGGGCAGGGAAAAGCUAAUAAAGGGAAUGAAAAUUGAUUAUACCAUACUACACCUCUUUUCAAUAGCCAAAGACAAACCAGUUAACAUCUUUUCUUUGAAAUCGGGUGAGGACACAUGGUGAGGACUGUUAAGAUGGAGCAGGACUGUCAAGUCGGAAAACCCAUGCCUGCAGCUGAUCCCAAUCUGACAAGCCCAGACAAUCAUCAUGACCUCACUGCCAGUGCAAGAGAGGAAGUGGAAAGCACCAAGGAGAACGAGGGUGAUUCCACACACAUGGACCAGAGCAAUGCCCAAGAGAAGCCAGUCAUGAAAACUAAGAUGGAACCCUCCUCCACAAAACUGUGUGGGUACCUGAACAAACUGGGGGGGCCCUUGAAGGCCUGGAAAGCCCGCUGGUUUAUUUUCGAAGAGAAGAAGUGCCAGCUGUACUACUACAGAACGUCACAGGAUGUCAAUCCCUUGGGAAGCAUUGACCUGGCUAACGCUACCUUUGGCUACCCGGCUCAAGCUCAGGAAGAGACCUUUCAAAUUCAAAUCCCAGGACGGGUUGUUGUGCUGAAGGCAUUAAACAACCAAGCCAUGCUGUAUUGGUUGCAGCAGCUGCAAAUAAAACGGUGGCAGCACAAUACCAGCCUGGUGAAAAUACCUGCAGAGCCCUCCACUACCUCCACACAGCUCUGCCAGCUGCCUUCUGCACCUUUGGAAGGAAGGACAGAGGACUUCCUCCCAGCAGUAAAGACCCCCAAGGGCCUAGUUGGAGAAGCCGCAGCACCCCAUCACAGAGAUACAGAACACAGUCCUCAAUAUCUGUGGAAACAAGCCAGCUCAGGAGCUGAGGCGGAGUGUUAUUACAUUCUUCUCAUGCAGGCACCGCCUGUACCUCUGACACCCCCAGCACCUACAGUCCUUUCAGCUCCUUCAGUUUCUUCAGUUACAAACGAGUCUGCGCAGGAAGCAAAGACUGGAGGAAAGAGUUCUCCAUCAAGCAGCAUGAACAAGAGGGAGAAGAAAAUGACCAGUUCUCUUCAGCCUUCUGGGGAGAAGGUGUCAGGAAAGGAGGAGAGCCCCGUGGACAAACUAUCCAGACUCCAGCACGAGGUGUUCACGCUCACUGAGGAGCUCAAGUCACAAAAGGAGCUGGUGCGACUCCUUCACAAGGCCCUGGAGGCAGCACAGCAGGAGAAGAGGACCAGCAAACAGUUCCUGUCAGCAGCAGGGGAGCAGGAGCGGCUGGAACUGGUGCGGCACAAAGAGAGGUGUAUCGCGGACCUGGACGGCCGCCUGGAGGCCCUGCUCAAAGACAAGGAGGAGCUGGAGCAGCGGCUGGCCAUGCAGGACUGCCAAGUGAAUGAGCUGCAGCAGCACGUGCAGCUCAUGAUGGAGAAGAACAACGCCAAGCAGGAAGUCAUCCUCAAGCUCUCCAAGCAGCGUACCGUAGCCAACUCCAUGGGCACAGAGACCUUCUGCAGGCUGCAGGAGAAGAUUGAGCACCUCAAGGUUAUUUUAAAAGUUACUUUUACAUUACAGCCAUGGGAAGUAUGUCAACUCUUGUUUCAAGAAACACGGAUAAAACCACACUCUUUUUUUUGCUUUUAUAGCCUAGGCCCCAGAUUAAUAGUAAUAGUAACAGGGUGUAGAAACCCUCUGCCUUUGGACUGCCCUGUCUUGGAAAUGAGUGGGAGGUUGUGGGAGGGUUACUGCUUUCACCAGCUGCUGUGUUUUGUUUUAAUCCUAACCCUAAACCUCUCUUUUGUGUUGCAGUGUGCCUACCUGGAGGCCAAAAACUGCCAGAUUGAGAGCAAGUACCUGGUCGUGCUGCGCAGGCUGCAGGAGAGCAAAGGGCUGGACAGCAGUCAGCAGGAGAUGGUGAAAAGGCUCAUUGAGGACUCACUGCAGGGAGACAAGAAGGAUGGCUUUAAACUCAACCCUGUCAGUGAGUAUGACGACUAUGGAUUCAAGACCAUUCCUGAUUAUGAAGUAGAGGACGUGAAGCUCCUGGCCAAAAUCCAGGCCCUGGAGAUCCUUUCCAACAACCUGCGCAACAAUGAGAUGGUGGACAAGCCUUUGCGGACAAGGUGGGCUAACUACCUGGCCAGCCGUCCCUUGGACCAGCUGGCUCCCUCCCCAGAGCUGAAGGGCCUGAUCCGGUGUGGGAUCCCUGUGGAGUACCGGGAGCAGGUGUGGCGCUGGAUCGUGAGGACACGGACGCAGGUCUCUAGGAAGUGGAAUCCCAAUCGCUACCAGGAGCUGAGGAAGCACUGCGAGGUGUCGGAGCACCUGGCCUCGCGGCAGAUCAGGCUGGACCUGCACCGCACCCUCACCAGCAAUAAGCACUUCUCCUCGCCCACCUCCGACGCAGUCCAAAAGCUGCAGCGCAUUCUGCUAGCCUUCUCCUGGCAAAACCCCACCAUCGGCUACUGCCAGGGCCUCAACAGGUUGGCAGCUAUUGCACUUUUAGUUCUGAAGGGUGAAGAGGAUGCCUUCUGGUGUCUGGUGGCUGUUGUUGAAAUCAUAAUGCCACAAGACUACUACAGCAAAACCCUCACUGCCUCUCAGGCUGAUCAGAGGGUGUUCCGUGACUUUCUUGCUGAGAAGAUGCCUCGCCUGAUGGCCCACUUCAAGGAGCACAGCAUCGAUCAUUCCCUCAUCACCUUCAACUGGUUCCUGGUGGUCUUCGUGGAAAGUCUGGUCAGCGACAUCCUGCUCAGAGCGUGGGAUGCUUUCCUCUAUGAGGGCACAAAGGUGAUAUUUCGCUAUGCACUGGCCCUCUUUAAGUACAAUGAAGAGGACAUUCUAAAAAUUCACGACAAUCUGGAAAUCUACCAAUACCUCCGUUUUUUCACCAAAACGAUCUCUGAUGGCAGGAAACUAAUGACCAUAGUGUUUAAUGAUAUGAACCCCUUCCCUAUGAAGCUGCUGAAGAACAGACGAGAGUUUCACAUGGAGAGGCUGACAGCCGAGCUGCUGGAGCUGGAGAGGAUACAGGAGGAGUUUGUGAAAGAACAACAAGUGGAGUGCAAAGACAAGGACCUGGACACUGCUGUCAACGAAGAUGAAGAAGUAAUACAGACUGCAGUUAGCUUGCAUCACACGUCCUGACGUUAUUGAAAAAUUACACAUCACUGAUACUAUUUAAACUAAUUUGUUUGCCUUAUUAUUCCCUGCUGUGGAAUAUAGUGGGGCUUACAUAUUGUGUAUGUCACACAUACAUCUAACUGUUAUCCUUUGUCUGUUGUUGACUAUAUAGGUAUGUCAGACUUACAUUUUUACAUGUACAGUUCGGCUCUUAUUUUGUAAUGGCGCGCGUAAUGUACCGACAUACUUGUUUUAGAGUCAACAAAUUAAGUUUACCAAACCUGUCAAAAUGCAGAAUAUUAAUGGAAAUAGGUGUGUUGGUAAUACACACACACUACAUCUCAGCAGUGUGGAGUAGUGGUUAGGGCUCCGGACUCUUGACCGGAGGGUCAUGGGUUCAAUCCCCGGUGGGGACACUGCUGCUGUACCCUUGAGCAAGGUACUUUACCUAGAUUGCUCCAGUAAAAAUCCAACUGUAUAAAUGGGUAAUUGUAUGUAAAAAUAAUGUGAUAUCUUGUAAGUCGCCCUGGAUAAGGGCGUCUGCUAAGAAAGAAAUUAUUAUUAUUAUUAUCUCUGAAUGCUUGACUUCAAAUCCAGUUUAAGUCACACAUGAAAGGAGUAUGGUGGUCCUAAGCCCUCGGCUUCCACAUCACAAAACCAACACACAGUGCAGCACAAUUGGCACAAAGGAUAAACCUGUUUCUUAUCUCAUAAAACAGCCUUUUACUAUAAUUAUCAUCUGUCAGUCUCUGAAUUUCUUCAAUCAGCAGUUCCAUUCCACUCAGAUCAGUUCAGUAAAUUAAUUAUUUUGUAGUUUCCCAAGAAAACAAAAACUCAUUGGAGAUCUUGAAAAUUAAUGUCUUGAAAUGUGAUUAAUUUAGGCCAGGCUAAUCUGAACAAGUACAGAGAUUCCAGUUACUUUUCAGACCGGCAACCAGGUUCCAGAUUUUCUAAACGAGACUAUCUCUGAAAUAAACUUAUUUUUUAUGCA